AUGAAUGCCAAAUCUGCAAUCAGCAAGGAAAUUUUUGCCCCACACGAUGAAAGGAUGCUGGGAGCUGUCCAAGUGAAAAGAAGAACAAAAAAAAAGAUUCCUUUCCUAGCUACUGGUGGUCAGGGUGAAUAUUUAACAUACAUCUGCCUGUCAGUGACGAACAAGAAACCAGCUCAAGCAUCUAUUACAAAGGUGAAACAAUUUGAAGGCUCUACGUCUUUUGUCAGGAGAACGCAGUGGAUGCUCGAGCAGCUUCGCCAGGUCAAUGGUAUAGACCCUAAUCGGGAUUCCCCAGAAUUUGAUUUACUAUUUGAAAAUGCUUUUGACCAAUGGGUAGCAAGCACAGCUUCAGAAAAAUGCACAUUUGUUCAGGUUCUACAUCACACUUGUCAGCGAUACCUUACAGACAAGAAGCCAGAAUUUAUCAACUGCCAAUCUAAAAUUACGGGAGGGAACAGCAUACUCCAUUCAGCAGCAGACAGUGUGACAAGCGCGGUACAGAAGGCAAGUCAGGCUUUGAAUGAGCGUGGCGAAAGGCUAGGUCGAGCAGAAGAAAAGACAGAGGAGCUGAAAAACAGUGCGCAGCAGUUUGCAGAAACUGCACACAAGCUUGCCAUGAAGCACAAAUGCUGA